AAUGUGGGAAUCUGUUCUUCAUGUAUUAGAGAAUGUUCAUGAUGAUGCAGAAAAUCUUACACAGAGAACCACAGCUGGUGGCUUGAUUACUCAGAUGGAGAGCUUUGAGUUUGUUCUCAUAUUGCAUCUUAUGAUCAGAUUAUUGGGCAAGACUAAUGAUUUGUCACAUUGUUUGCAAAAGAAAGAUCAAAACAUUGUUCGUGCUGUGAGUUUGAUUGGCGUAACAUUGGAAAAUCUUCAAGGUAUCCGAGAAAAUGGUUGGGAUGAACUCUUCAAUGAGACAAAUGACUUUUGUGUCAAAUAUAAAAUUGUAGUACCAAACAUGGAUGAUACAAUACCCGCUCGAGGUCGCUCCAGGGGUCGUGGAAGUACAAUGGUAACUUACUAUCACCGCUUUAGAUAUGAAAUAUUCAAUGCUGUCCAUGACCAAAUUAUUGUUGAGUUGAAUAACCGCUUUGCUGAAAAGUCAACUCAGUUGUUGAGGUGCAUCGCUUGCCUUGAUCCAAAGAACUCAUUUGCUAACUUUGAUGAAGACAAACUUGUUGAACUUGCUGCGAUGUAUGCUGAUGACUUCUCCAUAUAUGAGAUCUCUUUUGUUCUUACAAACCAACUUGAGACAUUCAUUGCUGAUGUGAGAGGUGAUCCGGAUUUUUUGAGUUGUCAUGACUUUGGUAAUCUUGCUGUGAAGAUGGUUCAAACUGAUAGACACACUGCUUUUCCUUUGGUGUAUCGUCUUAUUGAGUUGGCAUUGAUUUUGCCCGUUGCAACGGCAUCAGUAGAGAGAGCUUUCUCGGCUAUGAACAUUAUCAAGACCGAGUUGAGGAAUAAAAUGGGUGAUGAUUGGAUGAAUUAUAACAUGAUAUGCUAUAUUGAACGAGACGUAUUUCACUCUAUCAAUGAUGAUGAUAUCUUAUAUCGUUUCCAAGGUUAUAGCUCACGGAGAGGAAUUUUACCUCGUCGUUUCGGUAUUGGUUCCUCUUCUAGUGCUGAUGAGGUUGUUGACAAAGUCAUGGGAGGCACGGACGCACAGAACUAG